UCAUUUGGACAAUGUUCCCAGUUUUAUAGUUCUAAACUUAUUUAUAUUCACGCUUCUCAUCACCCCGCCUCUUCUUGCACUGCAUAGACUGCAUUUCCCCCCUCUGAACCCAUGAUGCUUCUCAAUGCCAGUUGCAAGGGAACAACAGCAGGAGAGAGGGCAUGCACAUACAUCUUGCCUGUGAGCUUCCCAGAAGCAUCUGGUGUGCCACUGUGUGAAACAGGAUGCUGGACUAGAUGGGCCUCCUUCUGCCUGAUCCAGCAGGACUGUUCUUAUGUCAUGCCGCAACUGUACAUCUUGGCACUGUGUAGCUAAAACCAAGAGAUGGAGCCUCCUGAAGUGACCAUCAUUGAAGGUGUGGGGGAUGAGGUGACUGUUGUGGCUGGCAUGGUUGUCCUUAUCAUGGCCCUAGUCCUGGCUUGGCUUUCUACAUAUGUUGCUGAAGGCAACAACCAGCUUCUGGGAACAGUUGUGGCCACUGGAGACUCAUCGGUGAUCCGCCUGAGCCCUAUUGAACACUACGUGGGGAAUUCAGUGGUAUCAGAACAGUCUGAGCCCCAAGGUGCCACCGAAGGUGCUGAAGAGAAGGCAGAAGAGGGGCCUGCUUCUGACUCCGGCCCUGCAGUUGAGCAAGGAGACAGCAGCAGUGGCUCAGAUGCUGCCUUAGAUCAUCUGUUGGACAUUCAGGGUUUGCCCCAAAGGACCUUGUCUAGUGCUGCCGCUUCCCAGGAGAACCAGGGAGUUCCUCAAACUCUGCCUGUCAUAGAGGAUUGUGGGCCCAACCCAGGGUUUAUCAAAGUGCGCCUCAAAUUUCUCAAUGACACAGAAGAGGUAGCUAUUGUGAGGCCGGAGGACACUGUUGGCAUCCUCAAGAGCAAAUACUUCCCAGGUCAGGAAAAUCAGAUGAAAUUUAUCUACCAGGGCCAACUCCUCCAAGACCAGGCUCGGACUCUCCGCUCCCUCAACAUCUUGGACAACUGUGUAAUCCACUGUCACCUAUCUCAAACCACCAUCUCCGCCAUUCCUGACACAGUGGUUGUGCCAUCGGAAGCACGGGGUAUUGCUUUGAGUAUGGGCAACUUGAUGAUUCCCGUUUUCAUGGUGAUGCUGGCUGUCAUCUGGUAUUUCCGCAUCAACUACCGGCAGUUGUUCACAGCCCCUGCCACUAUCUCCUUGGUGGGGGUGACCAUAUUUUUCAGUUUCCUUGUUUUUGGAAUGUAUGGACGAUGAGCAGCGAUGCAAGAGGAGAGGAUUCAGCGGCAACUUAAACCUGCACCCUCUUUGUUUUGUACUUUCAUGCAUUAACAAAACACCCUCUGAAUGACAGGGAAAGCGCUUAUCCAGACAUCUAUACUGGUGGGGACUUCGAUUUUGAAUAUUUACUUCCACAAUUUCUACAGCUGCAGAAUUUGGAUGUUUCUGAAGACAUGGUAGAAAGCAAUUGUGGGGCUUGUAUAGAAGAGCAAGGUAACAGGGAUCAUUUGAGUGAUCCUAAUCAUUAGAAGCCAGAGAACAUUGGGACAAUGCUUCUAUUUCUUUAGAAGGAACUUGCUUGCAUAUUCACCAUAUUUUCUCUACAAUCAUGACUGGCAACAUGCUGAUGAUUCAGAAAGGAUCUUAGUUUCCUUUACUGAGGCUACUGCUUUGCCCUCAUGCAGUUAAGAGACUUCUUCUGAGCCUCAUGGUGGAGGAAAGGGGCUUCUAGCCUGUGUAUAUGCCUGUUUUAAUUUGCUGCUGCUUUAGGAAGCAUGGCUGGAAUGACUAGCACAUGCUGAUUCUGUGCAAUCAAUGAUUCCUUGCUCCCUCGCUCUAACUACUUCCCUUCUGUGAAGCUGAGCAAAUAGAAUGCUUGCUACCUUUCCUCGCCACACCAAGUCAUAUGUAGUUUAGAACUAGAUAUUAGUGAGCCAUCUUCUGAAGACAUCUGGCCAUAACUGUACUAUUUGGACUCCAGCUUCUGGACACUACCAAGGGUCCUGUUUAAAAAAAAAAGGCUGGUGGGGGUCAGUUGCAUAUGCACACUUGCAGGAGGGGCAAGUUUCCAGAAUGCUGCUAUGAACCUAGCUUGCAUGAGAUACUUCCUGCUUUUAGCGGGAAACUAUCAGCUGCAGUUUAGGCCUCCUGCCUCUAUUUUUAAUUAAGUUCUAUGUUGUGUGUGGGUACAAUUUGGUCUAGCCCUACCCACUAAAGCUGGCUUAUGCUGUGAAGGCUUAACACUGUAUUGGGAGCGUUACAACCCUCAUUUCUUUGUAUUAAAGCCAAAGGUAUCUUCUUUGCA